GUCUCUCAUCUCUCAUUUUUACCUUAGCCAUUUUUCUCUCCUCUCUCUCUCUCUUUUUUGCCCUGUUUUAGGGGUUCAUACUUCCUCUUAAGCUCCAAUUUCUCUCAUGCAUUCAAGUUCUUCAGCUGCAUACUGUGUUUUGGCUGUGAUAUUUGUUCUUGUGGCUCUCUUUUUUGCUCUCUUUGGAGGGUUUUUGGGUGGGAAAUCUUGCAGAUUUUACCUCCCGGGGUUUUUUGUGCUGUUCUCAUGUCAAAGCUCUUUGGUUUCAGUGGUACGGAUGAUUUUUGCCCUGGGGGUUCAAUAUAUCCAAAUCCAAAGGACUCGAGUCUUUUCUUGCCCCUUGGUCAUUAUGUGGAUUUAUAUUUUCAACCUAACAAGCGGUCCCGUGUCAGUGCCCCAAUUGUUAUCAGCAGAGAGAGGUCUGAGCAAGAGCAGGCAUCUAUUGAGGUUCUCCCAGAUGAGUGCCUUUUUGAAAUCUUCAGAAGGUUGCCAGGAGGCGAGGAGAGGAGUGCCUGUGCCUGUGUGUCCAAGCGUUGGCUUUUUCUUUUGAGCAAUAUCCACAGAGAUGAAAUUAGUAACUGUAAAACCACCCAGGAAAACGAGGGUGUGGAUCAGGAUAUUGAAGGCGAUGGAUAUCUUUCCAGGAGCUUGGAAGGGAAGAAAGCAACUGAUAUUAGACUUGCUGCUAUUGCUGUAGGAACUGCUAGUCGUGGAGGAUUGGGCAAGCUUUCUAUCAGAGGCAGUCAAAGGGUGACAAACCAAGGUCUCAAGGUGAUUUCGCGUGGUUGCCCUUCUCUGAAGGUUCUUUCCUUGUGGAAUUUGCCUUCCAUUGGAGAUGAGGGUUUAUCUGAGAUUGCUAGUGGCUGUCAUCAACUUGAGAAGCUUGACCUUUGCCACUGCCCUACAAUCACCGACAAAUCCUUGCUUGCGAUUGCCAAGAGCUGCCCUCACUUGACUGAUCUGACAAUUGAGUCCUGUCCAAACAUUGAGAAUGAAGGUCUACAAGCUGUUGCACGGAGCUGCGCCAAUCUGAAGUCGGUUUCUAUCAAAGAUUGCCCACGCAUUGGAGAUCAAGGAAUUGCUGGCCUGAUGUCUUCUUCCACUUAUUCCCUGGCCAAAGUAAAGCUCCAAUCAUUGAAUAUCAGUGACAUUUCUCUUGCUGUCAUUGGAUGCUAUGGGAAGUCAGUUACUGAUCUUUCCAUCACUAGCCUCCUAAAUGUUAGUGAGAGGGGAUUCUGGGUCAUGGGCAAUGGCCAUGGGCUACAAAAGUUGAAGUCUUUAACAGUUGUGUCAUGCCGUGGGGUAACGGAUUUGAGUCUUGAAGCUGUAGGAAAGGGUUGCCCAAAUUUAAAACAGUUCUGUCUUAAAAGAUGUCCAUUCUUGUCUGACAACGGACUGGUUUCUUUUGCUAAAGCAGCUGGGUCACUGGAGAGCAUGCAACUGGAAGAGUGCCACAGGAUCACCCAAUUUGGGUUUUUUGGUUCCCUUUUGAACUGUGGUACUAAGCUGAAGGCUCUUUCUCUGGUGAACUGCUUGGGAGUUAGAGACCAAAGCCUUGGAUUGCCUUCUGUAUCCCCUUGUGAAUCCCUUCGAUCAUUGUCCAUCCGCAACUGCCCUGGAUUUGGUGAUGUCGGCCUGGCAGUCUUGGGGAAGUUGUGCCCUCGGUUGCAGCAUUUAGACUUGAGUGGGCUUCAUGGAAUAACAGAUGCUGGUUUUCUUCCAUUGCUUGAAAACUGCAAGGCUGGUCUUGUGAAGGCUAAUCUCAGUGGCUGUGUGAAUUUGAGUGAUAAAGUUGUUUCUUCCAUGGUUGAUCUGCAUGGUUGUACUCUUGAGGUGCUGAAUCUUGAUGGCUGUGGGAGCAUCACUGAUGCAAGUUUGGUUGCAGUUGCAGAGAACUGCAUGUUGCUAAGUGAUCUUGAUGUCUCAAAGUGUGCAAUUACUGAUUCUGGAAUUGCAUCUCUGGCUCGUGGCUAUCAAUUCAAUCUGCAGAUCCUCUCCAUGUCAGGUUGCUCAAUGAUUUCAGACAGAAGUCUGCCUUCUCUUGGAGAACUUGGUCAGAGCCUCUUGGGAUUAAAUCUGCAUCAUUGCAAAGGAAUCAGCAGCAGUGCAGUGGAUAUGCUGGUGGAGCAGUUGUGGGGGUGUGAUAUCCUUUUCUGAGCAUCUCUGAACAGGAAGGAUACAUAUGGCACUGCCAUGUACACAAGGUUCGAGUUCUCAGGACGCCUCAGAUUAGCUUUAUGAAUAGCAGUGGUAUUUAUAGUUUUUGGGUCCAUCCGCAAUGGGUCUUCUGUCAUCCGGUGCUCGGUCCCCUUUUCCAGGGAAUAUGGCCAUUCUAUCUAAUUAUUUUUUGCAGAUUUCCCUAGGGUAAUCUGUUUACACAUUAUGCCCAGUAAAUGGGUCUUGGUUUCUUCUUGGCCAAAAUCCCUGAGAACAAAACCAGCUCCUGGAUUUUAGGGUAUGUCUCAUUUGUUUUGUGUUGCUGGGUGCUAGCACCUGGUGUUUUUAGCUUGGUCUUGUCAAUUCAUGUUUGGGCUAAGCUUUUCUCUUUUUAUUAGUCCUUCCAGUACAAAGUUUGGAGUCUGUAUACUGGUCGAUCGCGUUUUUAAACUCGGUAGUUUCUUCACGUGAUUGUUCGGUCUCUGUUUUACUCAAAGGUUAGGCACAUCCUCACCAUUGUUUACCUUGCAUCCAGUCAGAAUUUUGGUGCCUUGCUUUUUUCAUGGGCUCUGGCCAUGGCAGCUAUUUAUAGUGUCUGUCAUGACAACUCCUAAGGAGUUGUUUUUUCUCUACCAAGCCCUAGUUUUUGCAGGCCUCAUUUCUUCUGGACUGUGCUUUGAAACACUUGUACCAUGUAAUGAUAUUGAUACCUACCCUUUGAAGUCAUGUAUGUUUCUCUUCUGAAGAUGAAUAAAACUCCUCGGACUAU